AUGCUCAAUAAUUUCGACGAGGUAGCAUUCCAAGACAUAAUUGAUUCCAUAUUUGAAAAAUCUGGAAACGAACUUGAAGCCAUGAACUUGGAAGCUACAGCCGAAUUAAGACCAGUCUGGAACCCACUAAUGGUUGAUAUUAAUGAUGGAGAGUAUGCCGAAAAUCCUGGAAUGAUACUUGAUGCUUAUUCCGAACGACUUACCGAAGCACAUUCAAAAGCAAGAGCUUACUCGGAUCCAUUAAUGACAUCUAUGAGAGCACAUAUGUCGUCUAUGAUGGAAGGAAAUAGAAGAGAAAAGAGGAUUUUCAUUUAUAUUCAUUAUUUGGUCAACGCAAUUGGAGUAUCCCCUUCACCCGCACAAUUAGAACAUGUUUUGAAUAUCGCUGACAUUUACAUUAGGGGAUUUGGUAAACCUAAUGAUCAAACGUCAUAUCGAAUUUCCAAAAAGAUUGAUGAAGUUAUUGGUAAUUACAAGGCCGAAUCAGAUGGAACCAGAAGAUAUAUCAAGGGUGAUACUCAAUAUAAAGUUAUAAGUGAUUGGAUUUCACUUGUUCGUGGGAGAAUUGAAUUCAAUGAAUUCAAGAAUCGAUGGGAUGAACCAUUAUCUCGUCCUAUUUCCGAAGUCGGAUUUGCAUCAAGUCUUCAACGUUUGGAUCAACAUAGAAAGCAUAUUUUAUGUUCGAGAUAUGCUCAAGCUUAUUCAUCACAUGGCGGAGGAUUUUCUCAUUUUGUUGCUGGUGUAAGCGUUGCGAAUUCAUAUAAGCAUGAAGAACAAUACUGGGCUUUAGCUAAAGAAGAUUUAUUGAAAUCAACUUGGUUUAUACCAAGUAUUCGAAAGGAGAUGAUGAAAUUACAGGAGGAAACUAGUAUGCUUCGAAGGAUUUAUACUUCAGCAGAAGAACAAGAAGAACAAUUGGAAGAGAUGAGUGAAGCUCUGAAGCAACUGCAAGUUUUGAAAGAAAGUUUGGCGGAUAGUAAGGAGAAUUUCAAGGAAACGACGGAUGAGUAUAUGGACAUGAUGGAUCCUAUGUUGGAACUUUUAGAUUUGGUUGAAUCGGGUGAUUUAGAUGAUUAG